AUGGAACUCAAUGAAGACCAUGGAAAGACAGAUGAGUACAGUAUGCGACUGGAGAGAUCGCCACCAUCUACGGUAUCGCUCGGAUCAACGUCCUCUCGGCCAGUUUAUGGAUUACAAGAGUAUCCCGCUUCUUCGGUUCACGACGUCCAUCGAAACAAAGACUCUGAAGAAAACGAUUAUGCCGAAACGUUAGCCAAUCACAUUAUUAAACAUUCAACAGCUCAUUUAAAAGUCAAUACCACAUCUAACUAUGCAGAGUGUCACAUCCUUCCAAUCGUUCCAAAUCCUAAUGAUGAUGACGACGAAUGCCAAGAAUGCAAGAUCUACAAGGAAAAGUUGGGAAAGCCAAAAGCAAGAAAAAAAACGAGCAGCUAUUUAUUGAAACAUCAAUCAGCUGUUGUCUAUGGCAGAAAUUUGAUCGAAAUCAGUCAAUUCAAUUAA